AUGGACAAGCUCCCCAAGCUUCGACGCAAACCGAAACCGCCAGCCAUCGAGACCAGCGUCGAACGAACCAGCACCGACACGACCGAGAGCGCACUGAGCAGCAGCGCUGUGGGCAGCUGGCUGCAGAAAGAACACACGAACCCGUCCGGCAAGAAGUCGCCGUUUAGAAACCUGAGGCUGCGGCCCUCGGCGAAGCGCGCUAGAGAGAGCUCGCCAGCGGAUUCGGGCUUGGGAGAGCCUCCCGCCACCCGCCAGGACGGUGUCAAGGUGAAGAGCAACGGGGCCAAGCCGCGGGAUCGUCUGGACGGUAAAGGGGACGCGGACACGGACAUGGAAGAGCCCAGCGACCCGGGUCCCGUCAUGCCGUCAUUCCUAAAUCUGGAGAAAGAAGCCAUCGACCUGAAAUUCGAAGACCUCAACUGGGACGAGAGGAUCAGGUUAAGCAAAGGCCAGGCGAACCACCCCCACCACGAAUGGAGAUGGGGGUCGUUUAAGCAAACGGACGUAAAAGAGAGGGGACUCAUGGAUCGAUACGUCAACAUCAAGCCCUGGAACCACAACCGCGUAAAACUACGGGUGCCGGACGGACACCUCGAUUAUGUCAACGCGUCGCUGAUCACCGUUCGUCCUCCACCUGGGAAUGCGCGACCGCCGCUACGAUACAUUGCAAUGCAGGGCCCAACGGAGCCGUCGAUACCCUACGUCUGGCGGAUGAUUGCGGAGCAAGUCAAGUCGCCCAGUGUCAUUGUGCAGCUAACGAGCAAUAAUGAGGGCGGCAUGGUCAAAUGCAACCAGUACUUUCCAGAGGGCGAAGAGGGGUCCGAGUGGGAUCUCAACGGCGAGGAUGCCUGGGAAGACGGGUGGGGUGCCACCCUCAAGUAUGAAUCAGUCGAGCAGCUGCAUGGUGGCGCGAUCGAGAAGCGGAAGCUCUCGCUUCAUGUCGAGGGUGAGAAGGAGCCGCGGACUAUAUGGCAUUUCUGGUAUCGAAGCUGGCCUGAUUUUGGUGUGCCUGCAGACGACGACCUCGACAGCUUCUUUGAGCUCAUGAGGCUGUCUCGGGAGCACAGUUCGCCUAACGGACCACGUGUGAUCCAUUGCAGCGCAGGUGUCGGUCGCACAGGCACCUUUAUCGCACUGGAACAUCUCUUGAGGGAGCUCGACGUGGGCGCACUCUAUGAUCCACCCGUUGACGGGAAUGCAUCAUCCCAGCCCAGCAAGCCAGAUCUCAUCUACGACACGGUGCAGGAACUCCGCGAGCAGAGAAAGGGAAUGGUGCAGAGCGAUAUACAGUACCGAUUCUUAUACCAAGUUUUGAGGAAGCUGUGGUCCGAUCGGUAUGGACCUGCCGAGGACGACGAAGACAAAGCGGACGGAGGCGUCAACCUGGAUAAGCCCGUGCAGGCAACGAGCGCGCCGGAAGUGGACCCCUUUUGGGACGGCGACGACGACGACGAGGGAGGCGCCAGGCUACGAGAUUCGGCCAUGGGCAGCUAG